AUGAUGACCAUUCGGAGGCCAUGGACAAUCUCGGCUGCAGCGCUACUGGCCCUACUAGCCUGCCUAGGGGCUCUGGUGGAAGGCUAUCCCUCUAAGCCCAAGGCCCCGGGUGGGGACGCCUCCCCGGAGGAGCUCAAUCGCUACUAUGCCUCCCUUCGGCAUUAUCUCAAUUUGGUCACCAGGCAGCGAUAUGGGAAGAGGGACAGUACCGAAGCCCAAGGCCGGCUUGCUGAGAGUCUCUUUCUGGAUAGCAUCGGAAACCAGAACAACAAGUCUGGGUCAGAAGAGCCUUAUGUUUGGUGA